AUGGGGUUUGAAUGGAGCGCGGGGAAAUUUUUUUCAUUCUACUACUUCAUGCUCAUUUGUUUGAUCUACUACACUCUAUAUGGGAUGAUGAUUGCUGCACUAACCCCGACUCUCCAAAUUGCUUCCAUUUGCAAUUCCUUCUUCUUGACCGUCUGGAGUAUGUUCGCUGGCUUUGUCAUUCCUAGGACGAGAAUUCCUGUAUGGUGGAGAUGGUACUAUUGGCUUGCUCCAAAUGCUUGGACAAUAUAUGGCCUUGUUACCUCUCAAUUUGGUGAUGAAAAUGCACAAGUGGAAAUCCCAGGAGCUGAAAACAUGGGGCUGAAGGAACUGCUUAAGGAAAGCUUUGGUUAUGACUAUCACUUCCUUCCAGUGGUUGUUGUUGUUCACUUAGGCUGGGUUCUCCUUUUCUUGUUUGUUUUUGCCUAUGGCAUAAAAUUCCUCAAUUUCCAAAAAAGAUGA